UGCAGUGUUGCUUUCCAAGCUUUGCUUGUAAUUUCACGCGAUUUCGGAACGAUGACAUGUCCUCUUUAACCACAUCUUUGAAUUCCUUGGUUUUCAGAUGAACAUCACCUUCAUUAAAAACUCGGCUGUACGAGACACCAUCUUGAACGUGACUUUGACAGCUCUUGCACCUAAAUUUGCCAACUUUCAGCCUGGAAGCUUUAAGCUUUGGUUCCAAAACUACUUGGUUCCUGUAAUAGCAAGCCUCAAUCCAGUCAGCUUGUGGGUGAUCCCCAGUAACAUCAGCUGUGCAUCCUAUGAAGCUAUACUCUCUGGUCUUCAGCAAAGUUUGAGAUACCUGCCACUUGAUCUUUCAAUGAGCGUGAGAUCGAGCAUAGAGUCACUCCAGAAGACAUUCACAGCUUGCUCACUGCCAGAUUCCUUUAAGUGCAAGGAGAGCCCUGUUGACGAGAACCUCAUCUGUGCUGGGACCUACGGACUCCCUCUUGACCAAACAGUGGACAUUGGCAAUUCAUCUGCAGCCUUAUGCAAUUUCACCAUCACUGAACAUGCCUGUUCAUCGGCUGAAGCUCUCACACCAAGAAAUGUAGCCACACUUUUGGAGUGCUCUCUGGAAAGACAACAGACAUACCCUGUAGAAGUCUGGAAGCUUUUCUUCCAAAGAAUUUCUGAUCUGGACCAAGCUCUGGACACGUUGUCCACCAUGAACCCCACCAUCAAAAAGAGCAGCCCAACCUUGUCAAAUGCUCUGGAAGCUUUGGGAGAGGUGAAAGUCAACAAGUUCAGUCAGGCAGAACUACUGAGUCAGGAUUCCAUCGCCAGCUGGUUCCAGAAUAGGCUGCGCCUCUUCUUGGCCUCUCCCACAACAAACUUCCUCACCUGCCUGAGCUCCAACAACUUCAGCUGCGUAACGUACCAGAUUGUCAUCAAGGCUUUUGGCACCCAAAAGGCCGUCAUGGACAGUGGCAGUCAGCGAGCAGUCUUCACUCAUUUCAUCAUACCAUUCUUGUCGAGGAAAGAUUCAUCUGAUCCCGGCUGCAUCUCCUCUGUGGGCAGUGGUGACAACUGGCUCCAGGCAAAUGUGGGCGCUUUCUCUGAAUUUGCAGAGCUAAAAGAAUUGCUGGCAAUCAAUCCAAAUUUCUCCAGCCUCCAAUACUUGUCCGAGCUGACUCCUUCUCAGGUGGCAACACUAGUCCUAAGGUUAGGCAGCUCAAACGACACAGACACGAUUGAUCAAGUCUUUGAGCGGCUUGACACUGGCAACGCCCUGCAAAAUGUGGACCAGUUCCUGACAAAUCUAACGCUUACUGGAAAGAUCCCAGUAUUCCAACCUGCUGUGAGAGAUCGCAUCAUGAACAGGACCUUUAUCAUCAUCAGUCAGCAACUGGCGCACUUUAGCACAGACGACUUUUAUGUUUGGUUCAAUGUCAAGCUGACUUUUAUCCUCACAAGCUUCACCCCAGAAAUGCUCAGGAUUACAACUUCAAGCAUCAAUUGCAUCAGCUACCGUGUGGUGGUAAGCGGCCUAGCCAGUGUUUACACUGACAUGACUCGUGAUAGACAGGCAGAAAUCGCACAGAUACUGCUGGACUACCUCAAAACAUCCGCCGCCGUCAUCAAUACACCAGGUACGGGGACUCAACAACAUAGUGCGCUGUUAUCAUUAAACGUGGAAACGUGCAGACAUGGGGAACAGGGAAAAUUGACAUGGCUGGCAUUGUCACUAAUUUGAUAAGGUGGCUAAGUCUUGUGUGCAAAUUC